CCGCCCCCCUCCGCAGUGUCUGGGCGCCGCCGGGCCGGGCAGGGACGGGUCUGUUAAAGGGCCAGGCGCCUCCGCGGCACUGUGUGGGACCCCCGGCGACAUGAGCCCCCUCGGUCUCCCCUUCCUGCUCGGCGCCCUCCUGGGGCUGGUGGCGGCGGGGCCCACCCAGUACUUCCGGGAGGAGUUCGGGGAUGGAGACGCCUGGAGCAGCCGGUGGGUGGAAUCCAAGCACAAGUCGGACUACGGCAAGUUCAUCCUCACGGCCGGCAAGUUCUACGGCGACGCCGAGAAAGAUAAAGGCAUCCAGACGAGCCAGGACGCCCGUUUCUACGCCAUCUCCUCCCGCUUCGAGCCCUUCAGCAACAAGGACAAGACGCUGGUGGUGCAGUUCACGGUGAAGCACGAGCAGAACAUCGACUGCGGCGGCGGCUACGUGAAGCUCUUCCGCAGCCUGAACCAGGAGGACAUGCACGGCGACUCCGAGUACAACAUCAUGUUCGGCCCCGACAUCUGCGGUCCCGGCACUAAGAAGGUUCACGUCAUCUUCAACUACAAAGGGAAGAACGUGCUGAUCAACAAGGACAUCCGCUGCAAGGACGACGAGUUCACCCACCUCUACACCCUCGUCGUGCGGCCGGACAACACCUACGAGGUGAAGAUCGACAACAGCAAGGUGGAGUCGGGCAGCCUGGAGGACGACUGGGACUUCCUGCCCCCCAAGAAGAUCAAGGACCCCGAGGCCAAGAAACCCGACGACUGGGACGAGCGGGCCAAGAUCGAUGACCCCGAGGACGCCAAGCCCGAGGUGGGCGGCCGGGGAGAGGGGGGCCCGAGGCGGCGCGGGGAGGGCGCCGGGCGCGCUCUGACCCCCUCCCCCCUCGCCGCGCCGCCAGGACUGGACAAGCCCGAGCACAUCCCCGACCCCGACGCCAAGAAGCCGGAGGACUGGGACGAGGAGAUGGACGGCGAGUGGGAGCCCCCCGUGAUCCAGAACCCCGAGUACAAGGGCGAGUGGCGGCCGCGGCAGAUCGACAACCCCGACUACAAGGGCAAAUGGGUGCACCCCGAGAUCGACAACCCCGAGUACACGCCCGACCCCACGCUCCACGCCUACGACAGCUUCGGCGUCGUCGGCCUCGACCUCUGGCAGGUGAAGUCGGGCACCAUCUUCGACAACUUCCUCAUCACCGACGACGAGAAGUUCGCCGAGGAGUUCGGCAACGAAACCUGGGGGGCCACCAAGGAGGCGGAGAGGAAGAUGAAGGAGCAGCAGGACGAGGAGCAGCGGAAGAAGCAGGAGGAAGAGGACAAGAAGCGGAAGGAGGAGGAGGGCGACGACGAGGCGGACGGCGGCGGCGACGACGACGACGAGGAGGACGAGGACGAGGAUGAAGGCGACAAGGAGGAGGAGGACGAGCGGGGGGCCGCCCUCAAGGACGAGCUGUGAGGCCGGGGCGGCCCCCCGGCGCCCCCCCCGCGCCCCCUAAUGUCUCUAUGAGACCUGGACUUUUUUUUUUUUUUUUUUUUAUGGGUGUCG